AUGGGCAAGGACAAGGUCGAGAAGGAGAAGAAGCGCGCUGAGAAGAAGGAGAAGCGCGCCGAGAAGGACGGUGUGCACAAGAGCAAGAAGGAUAAGAAAGAGAAGAAGGACAAGACUGCUCUUGCUGAUGCAGUAGAGAAGGAGAUCACUACCCAGGUCCUGGACGGUCUCGAUCAGGCGGCCUCGGCUGCAGUGGUCAAGACAACCGUCGAUGUCGCCGAGCCCAUGGAGAUCGAGGCCCUCGUGGGCGCCCUGGUGCCUUUCGCCCAACCGCUGGUGGAGGACAAGACCGCCAAGAAGGUGCUCAAGAGCGUGAAGAAGGCUGCGGUCAACAAGUCUCUCAAGCGUGGUGUGAAGGAAGUCGUCAAGGCUCUCCGGAAAUCGCCCAUUCCUCCCGCCAACACCACCAUCACGGAGCCCUCCGGCAUUGUCAUCCUCGCUGCCGACAUCUCGCCCAUGGAUGUGAUCUCGCAUAUCCCUGUUCUGUGCGAGGACCACGGUAUUCCCUAUGUGUUCGUCACCUCUCGCGCCGAGCUCGGUGCCUCGGCCGCCACCAAGCGCCCAACCAGUGUGGUGAUGGUGGUUCCCAAGUCCGGCAAGGGCAAGAAGGGCGAGUCCGAGGACGGAGAGGACUUUGGCAAGGUGUUCGAGGAACUGACCAAGUUGACGGAGAAGGAGGGUAAGAAGUUGACGGCAUAA